AUGUAUAAUACAAGUGGAAGCGAUAUUGAUACAGAAGAAUUUGAAUAUCAUUCAGGUUCACGUAAAGUUGCAAAAACAUAUGUUGAAAAAAAACGACGUGAUCGUAUUAAUCGAAGUUUAGAUGAAUUAAAAGAUUUAUUAGCUAUUCAUUGUGAUAAAGCACGUUAUCAAAAAUUAGAAAAAGCUGAAAUACUUGAAAUGUGUGUUGAUUUUGUCAAACAAACAAAUGUACAUUUAAAUUCAAUAAAACAUAAUUAUGAAUUAGGUUAUCAACAAUGUACAAAUGAUAUUACAACAUUUCUUAAUACAAUACCAGAAAUAUCAUUUAUUCAACGACAACAUCUUUUAAAACAUUUAUCAACAUCAAAUAAUCGUCGUUUUCAUCCUUAUAGACAAACAACAAGUCAUCAUUCAAUUGUUAAUGAAUGGUUUAAUCGUUGUGGUGGUGGAAAACAAAAAUCUCUACCUGAUUCAUCAUCCGAACGUUCAAAUACAUCAAGUCCAUCAUCAUUUGAUGAUAAUAGUGAACGUUCAUCAUCUCUUUGGAGACCAUGGUGA